AUGGCACGGACAUUGCAGCUUAUAAGGUGUGAUAUACAGCUAUGUCUGGCUAUGUUUAUAGUAUUUGUCAAGGCGGAACGCAGUAUAAAGUUCAUCGCCGGAGAAAGCAGGUUUAAGCGCGAAUACUUUAAGAACUUCACCUUCACGAUCCGAGACGAUCAGAUCUUCCUGGACAUGUACCUCCGAAAGCCGCUGGUUAAGGGCUGGAGGGCCAGGCUAGACUUCCGACUGCACGUGGGAAACUCUAAGACCUUCCAGAGUCUGUUCUCUACCAAUAUAGACGUCUGGUUCCCUCAUAUCUGCUAA